UGUAUAUUGAUACGUCAAUUAGCCAGUAAAAUUUGUGUAAUGCAGAAUACAGACCGACAGACCUACAAUUGUUAAUGGUUGUUUUCUUCCAUCAAUCACAUAUUUAUUUUGACUACCACACCGUAGGAAAUAUUCUUUUCCGUUUAUGUUGUUAAAUUUGACAACAGGUCUCACAAUUCGUGAAAGAAAGUUUUUGUCUAAUGGCAAGAGAAGACAAGGAUAACAUGUCCGAAACAACUUUGGAGCCAGCAGAUGACGAAAAUCUCAAAUCGUGUUGGGUUUGUUUUGCCACCGAACAUGAUGAUAAACUGGCCGCUUGGGUACAACCUUGCAAGUGUAUUGGUACAACAAAAUGGGUUCACCAAAGUUGUCUCCAGCGAUGGGUAGAUGAAAAACAGAGAGGCAAUAUUAGUAGGAAAGUUCUCUGCCCGCAAUGCAAAGUAGAAUACAUAGUGGUAUUCCCAUCUAUGGGAGCAUUUGUGAUUUUGCUGGAUGCUAUAGAAGAUAUCACACGCAGAAUCAGUCCAUUCAUUCUUGGGGGUGUGUUACUAGGAUCUAUUUACUGGAUUGCUAUUACAUAUGGUGCAGUGACUGUUAUGCAGGUUGUCGGCCAUAGGGAGGGUCUGGAAAUGAUGGAGUCGGCUGACCCUCUGGUACUGCUGGUGCUGUUGCCGACGAUUCCUGUGACCCUCAUCGGCGCCAAGAUGUACAACUGGGAAGACUCUGUGCUAUUCUUCCUCAGGAAGUACUGUGCUAAGAUACCGGCGCUUUCAUAUGUAUUACCAUUCGGCCAUGUGGAUGAAGAGCGAGCAAUUGUCUCUGGGCCAAGUCCGAACAAUGGAUCACCUAACUCAACAUCACAUUUAUCUCCUACCCGAAUAUUUUGUUCAGCCCUACUCGUACCCACAAUUUCAACAAUUAUAGGCAAAAUUUUCUUUCGUUCAAUCAAAAAUAACCUUCAUAGAACGAUUUUAGGCGGUCUCACAUACAUAACGUUAAAAGGUGCACUUAAAAUAUAUCACAAACAGAUGUUGUACAUUCGCCAAUCUAGUAGAAAAAUCUUAGAUUACACAGAGUCAAAUUUAAAGUUAUAUAGAAGUAUGAAUCAAGGGCAAUCCGAUUCUGUCGCGAGGGACGAUUCGGAACAAGUAGUCUGAAUAUCUUUGGGAUUGGCAGAUGGGCAACUGUCAAAGUGACAUUUAAAAUACUGUGCCGCUUGUUUGGAAGCGAGUUGUCACUUGUACAUAAUGCCAGUGAAAGAUAACAUUAUUCGAGUUACGCUUUAUAUUUAUUUGACUAUGUUAUCUGUAUGAAAAUAAUGAUGCAAGAGUAAACUAUUAUAAUAUAAUAACUGAAACUCUAAAAAACUAAACCCUAAUACAUAAUAAUAAUCUUUUUAAUUUAAAGCGCAUAGCGAAAAGGUUUUGUAUGAAAAUGAUUUUUUUCUAACCAUAGAGUAAAUUUUGUAAAUAUUUUUAAAUCUGGCAACUAUGUUUGCUUUGAAGUUGUCUAACGGGCGUGUGAUAUAUGAUUAACUUUAAAAUCUUUAGCUGUAAACAGAUAAAAGCUUUUUCAUGAGUAAUUAAAACUCAUAGUAAUAGUCAUAUAAACCAAGGUCAGAAUAUCAGAAUCAAGUUAAAACCAUGAACUAAAUUCUCCUGUCAAGUGCGUUUGAUUGUGAUGGACAAACGGACGUAAUAUUAUAUGACGUCGCCUGUCAAUGCGGGUUGGAUUGGCGCUUCUAUGGACCAAUCAAACGAAACGUCUCAGUUUUGUCUUUUGUCUUCUCAGCCUCCAAAUGAAAGAUUAGUUCUAAAUUAAAUAUGAAUUUUAUAUUUCUAUGUUCAGUCUAUUAAUUAUAACACAAUUUUUUAAACCGUACCGUUUAUUAAAAUUUUAAUAAUUUGAUUCAUUGGCAUAUUAUAUAUAAGAUUUAUUGCUUAAUGCUUUGAAUAUAAAUAUGAAUUAAAGGACGCGGCUUAUAAAAAUCUAGACCUUAGUUUCCCCCAAAAUAAAUCUUGCAAAAAAGCUUUUUAGUUCAGAAAAUAUAUGUAUUGUGUUCCACAACCAUGACAUCUUAGAUUCAAUUUUGUAAAAUCACGUUAACGUAUGUAAAUAAUAACUUUUAUAAUAUAAUAAUCAUAUGAUGAAUUAGAAAAUUGAUAACUGAG